AUGCUAGAGGAUUUCGAGGCUCCUUCAGUUGACGUGCGCGUUUUCGUCAAGCAAAAUGCAGAGGACGAGAAUGCAAGCGCAAUAGAACAGAACGGUAGAAGUCAAGAAAGCCAGUUCCAAGUACAACAGCAGCACUACAGUAAUUCGUUUUCGUCUCCAUCGCCUUCUUCGUGUGGCAUGAUUGGUGACUCCAAAAGCAGACGCCCAGAGCAAGCAAGGUCGGUUCUUUUGAGUUCCGGGACCGAGAUGAGCAAGUUCUUCCAGCAAGCACAGCGCGUUUUAAAUUUGCCCUCGUGUCCUGUCAAGGCGUACUUCUCAGACGGCACGCGCUUGCGGGAUAUUGAGGAUGCUCUAGAUGGCGACACGCUGUAUCUCUGCUUGUCAGAACAGGAGUCCUUUGCCGGACGAGGAAAGCACGCAGCAAAGGCUGCCGGUGGCGGAGGAGCCGCAAUCGUCGGCAAAUGCUGGCGCGUGGGGCAAGAACUUGGUAUAUAAUUUGUACAAUAAAUGUUAAUGUUUGUGUUAGGCCUGAGUAUUUAAUAACGUGUAUCCGUCCGGAGUCUAAAACUCGCAUGGGAGAAAUUAAAAACGCAUAGGCGCAUCUCAUGUCUAAGUGUCUGCCGUUGUCGAUAGCUGUCUGUUAAAUAUUGAAACUCACUGCUUUCCACCCGACGCCCAGGUAAAGGCGGCUUCGGUCGCGUUUGUCGUGCUGAGAACGUCGAUAGUGGCGAGUUGGUUGCGAUGAAAUUCAUGCCAAAAGCCUCUUUUCUUAUGAGCUUAGUCGUGGAAAUUGAACUAGAACAAGUUUAAGUGUAUGUAAACGCGCAGUACCCAUCGAAGUAAGUACUUAUACAUACUAUGUAUUACUAAUAUCUCGUCCCUGAAAAUAGAGAAAAUGAUGUAGGAGCCAACGCCAGGGCCAAAUGACCUCCACACUACUCUUGCCAUUAUCCUUCCGUCAUGAUUUGUGAUAUCGCGUCGCUCGAGCGCGCCUUCACGGAGAUUCAGGUGCUGAGGGAACUCCGACACCCAAAUAUCAUCGAGAUGCGGGAUUGCAUUGACGAUCCGAACUACAUCUGCUUUUGCAUGGAGUACUGUGGAGAUGGGGAUCUCUGCGAUUUGAUAGAGUUAUGUAGUGGUCGUGGUUGUAAGUUGUACUAUGAAUGAAGACCAAAUAAACUUUUGAGAACAUUGCUUGCUGAGUCGUCGUAUUAGAUUCUGGAUUCGUUACGAGAGGAGGUUUUUCAAAGAAGGUAAUUCUAUUUUGGUUCUAGGAGAUUCGUAUUCAUUGACUUGUUUUGCCCUUCUCCUUGGGGAUAGAUUUAAGUAGAUGAUUAGCUUCCACUUGGCUUCUCUUUGAUCUAUCACAUACCCCCUUGAGCUACUUCACUUUUACUCUUCAUGCCUUGCACGAGGGCGCCUCAAGGAAAGUGAGACGCUGUUCUACUACCACCAGAUCGUCAAGGGCGUGGCAUUUUCGCACAGUAAGAAUAUCGUUCAUCGCGAUUUGAAACCAGAAAACGUGCUUUUGACUGAUGGGCAGACAGGUAUUGAUACCUCUACUAAAUGUCAUUUCUGUUCUUGUUCGAAAUGAAAAUCAUUGUUGGGUUGGCGACAUGAGAUUAUAAACUGUAGAGAUGACCUGUCACUGACCCUUUCGUCUUCCUUUGUGGUGAUCGCAUUGCGACACCGCAUGAAUUAGAAUUUGAUCUUCUUUCUCAUACCAGUGUGCAAAAUAGCGGAUUUCGGAUUGGCGGAUCUGAUUACGGGAGCAGGGCAAAGUAUUGACUGCGGAACGCCUGCCUAUUUGGCACCUGAAGUCUAUAAUGGAAAAUCGAAAGCCUCGGAUCCUUACAAAAUCGACGUCUGGGCGCUUGGUAAGACAUUUUUCCUCCUUUCGUUCUAUCACUAUCCAUGAUUCUUCCUUUUAAUAUGAAGACGCUGGAAUAAAUUACUUAGAGUUGGUACUAGACAUCUUCCUAUUCAAUUUCUUUUCAAUGCAUGAUAAAGAUCUUUCUCAUUCUAAUACGAUGAAAAAAGGUGUCCUCCUGGUCGUCUGUAUGACUGGUCGAGUGCCUUUUCGAGCACCUACGGCAGACGUUUUGCAGUCCCUAGCAGAGAUUGUGGAGCCCUUACCCGCAGAAAUGCGCGCGUAUGUGACCACCUUGUUACAAGCGGAUCCCGGGAAGCGUGCCAGCAUGCGCGAAGUGCGAACGGCAGCCUACAUGGUUCGGGAUCGGUUUGCCUCGUUGUCGUAGUGUAUCAAGAUUUCCAGAUGUUGGUUGAAAAAGCAGUGGCCCAAAUCAAUCUUUUUGUGUGUGUUUGUGUGUAUGGUCACCAUUCCUUAUGUUCGUGUGCUACAAAAUGUUCGGAACGUCGAUGAUCACAGUGUUAGACCAGACAUGUGGACGCGCCAGUUGCGCCGAAUUAUUAUUUAUUUCAUCAUGAAUAUGCAUGCUGUGUUUGUUUGCAGGUUGAAAAAACGGUGCCGAUGUCACGUUUUCUGGCGCUCUUCUCGAGUCAGUUCGUAUCUUAGUGUGACAAAGUGUGUGUGCUGACAGAGAAUCGCAAAAAGUAGCCUAACUGCCUAGGAUUUACUUUGCAAAAAUCAAUGAGUACGAGUAGAAGAUGUGCAAGGGGAUGCAUCGCGCGAUGCUUUCUGAGCUAGUUGGUAUAUAUGAAUUAAUCACAUGUGAGCAAAAGCCGUCAGC